UUAGAAUUAAUUAUUGAUUUUUUUUCUCUUUCCUGCGUUUGUUAUUAUUGUUACUGUGAACCAUGACGACCGGCACAGGAGACGGUGCCCAACAACGGACUUGGGGCAGGAACGCGUUGCCAGCCAUUUUCAUAAGCGGAAAACCUAAAUUUAUUGUUCCAAGCGACGUACCGCAGGAUCUCGACUUUCAGAGCAGAGUCUAUUCACGCAACUUGAUGGCCGAUCUGGGGACAUUGCAGAGAAGCGACGAGCUGUCCAAGGAGAAUCCGAUGCACCGCGAGAACUUCGAAAAGGCGGCCAUAUCCCACGAGCUAAUGGAAAUCAAGCGGGCCGAGUUUUUGGAGAAGAAGCGGCGCCAGCAGCUCCGCAACGAUUGCGAAGGGCUGCGCACGCUUGAGGAACAGCUGCGAUCGGCUGCGAUUGCCAAGGAUUUGUCAGAGCGUAUGGCGCAGAAGUGCCAGGCCCGCAGUCUGGCAGUGAGAGCCAGAGCCCUGGGCCAGGAGAGAGCCGCCUUGGAGCUGCUGGAGCUGGCCCAGGAGGACGACAAACUAUUGGCCCAGAAGGAGGAGCAGCGGAAGCUUCGUGAGUCACUCGCUCUUCAAAUAGAAGAAAACCGACUACGCCGCCAGCAGAAGGCCGCAGAGAAAUUCUCACAGCGGGAGCUCAUCAAUGCCAGGCAGAAGCAAAUCGAGGAGGAGGACAGAGCGGAGCAGGAGGAGAGGAUUCGACAGAAGGCUGUGGAUCGCCUGAACACUCUUCAGUUUAUGCAAGAAAAAAGGGAGUUCCAAGAAAUGGAAAAGGCCCGGGCAAGGGAAGAACUGCGAAAGCUGCUCGAGACGCAGUCCGAGGUUGAGGACAGAAAGAACCAGCUCGAAGAGGAGAGAGUGCAACUGAUGCGCAAACAGGAGGAGAUUAGUACACGCAUUGGCCAGCAGCUAUUCCAAGUGGAGAACUCAAAACGAAUCAGAGACCGUCAGCUAAUGGAUCUACUGGAGGCCGAGUACAAGGCCAGGGCGGACAUGCGUUUUCGCCAAGAGGUACAGGAGAAGGCAGUGUCGCGGGAGCGUACGAAACAGGAAAUGGAUUUGUACCACUUGGAAAUACAGCAACGGAAACUGGACGAGCUGCAGGUGAAGCGGGACGAACUAACCGCCCGGCAAGAGGAACUUGCUAGCAAUACUGAAGAGAUCGAAAGAGAGGAGCAACUGAAGGCGUACCGACAGCGAAAGGCGCAUGGUGCCACGCUCCUCUCGAUGAUUGAGGACAACCACGUGAGGCGCGCCGAGGCCACGGCCGAACAUCUCCAAUACUCCAUGAUGAAAAAGAAGUCGGAAGACGAACAGCAUGCCCUUGAGGAGAGCGAGCGUCUACGCAUGCUGUCCGCCGUGCCCAAAACGGUUCUUCCCUAUCUGCCCAAAAAUGCCUUGUCCAAGGCAGAGCACGAGUAUUUCGGCCUCUCGCAGGAGCAGCAGCAGCUCCGCCUGGGAAGUGGAGACUGCUAGCAGUAUUAUUGCUGCCCAACUGUUGGCAGUGACAAAACUUAUUAUCUCAAUAGGCACUUUUCAGGCUAGAAAUUAUAGAUUUGCUUACUCUUUAUUAUUAAAUAACUAAUUUAA